AUGCGCAUACGCACGGCAGACAACACCAAUGCUCCCCCCCCCAACCCCCACCUCCCACCCCUGCUUCCCUAUCAUGCCUCCUCAGCUCUUCUCUUCGCUGUCGUCUUCACUGCGCCACCCUUCCACGUCGUCAGACGGUGCCACAGAGGAUUGUGUUGCAGCCGACGUGGCCUUCCCCCCCCCGCUGCUGCUGGUGCCUUGCGCGUCCCGCCUUGCUGUCGGGAUUGCAUCUGCGUGGCUCUUUCUAGAUACCCACACGUGCGAGCACACAUUGUGGGGGCGCGCGCUGAUCUGAGAGCGGCCAUCCUCUUCGUGUUCCUGCCGCAUCUUUCCUUUCAGCUCGACUGCCCACGCAGCAUCGUGUUGUGCGACGACGUCAGCACUCCCUCCCUCCCUCCCCAGCGUGCUGCACCCUCCGCCACAAUGAGCACGACGACGACGACAACGCAGUACACACGAUCUGCGAUACUAGCGUGGGCGAACGACGUGCUGGAGACGUCGUACGCCACCUUUCAGAACAUACCGAGCUAUGAGGUGGGCCUCUUGCUCUACGGCAUCUUCCACGGCUGCCCCUCCAGAGGCGACGCGACGGCGAACCGCCGCGGCGACACUACCGACGCUGCCGCUGCCGCAACGGCGACGAGCAGUGUUAGUGUGCCGUUGCUUUCCGCGGCGGAGCUACACAGGCACCACGAGCGACACCACGAGACGUGCAUGCGCUACCUUCAGCUUCUGCAGUUUCCAUCGAUGCCUCCCUCCACGGCACCCACCAAUCCUGCUGCUGUUGUGCUGUCGGGGACGGCGGAAGCCUCAGCUCCGAGCCCUGGCAGCACACCCGCUUCACUUUUGCCACCUCUCCCAGAUGGACACAGCGGUGCCACGUCUGCGGUGGCACAGAAGCGCAACGCCGAGCACGUUCUCGCGAUGAUCUGUGCGCUCAGCGCCGAGGAGGCGGAGCUGUCGCGCGCCGAGGCCAGCGAGACACGAACGAGUGGUGGUGGCCACACCGCCUCUGUCGUACUGCUGCUCGGGCCGUCGAUGACCCCAGCAGCGUGGCUGGCCGGUAGUGCCUUUGUGGAGGAGCUGAAGCUAUGGCGGUGGGUGCGGCUGAUGGCGGAGCGGCACCGCCGUUCGGCCCGCGCCAUUCGACGCGCCAUCUGUGCCUACCUUCAGCACGAGGUAGGCGUCGCCGCGGUGGCGCCAGCACCCGCGAAGGAUUCACAGACGGGUACGGCAAGCUGUGUCCAGUCGCGAGGUGCGUCGCCGGCGCCACGCUCACCCGUCGUCAUGAUGGAGAUGAGCGACGUGGCUGAGGUGGAGCUAGGCGACGCGCGCGGCGGUCUUCUCCCUGGCAAGAGCACGCGAGCGUUCGCAGAAGAUGAGUCUGGCGACACCGUGUUGCAGGAGAUGAAGCGCAUGCGGCCGGAGAUGCUGCCGUCGACGUCACCGGUGCCUGUCCAUGCAGUGGCAGCGGCAACCACAGCAAGGCCGGCAACGUCGAGUGUUACGCCGCUCGUCGACUCUGUGUCACCCGUGCACGCGCUUCUAUCCCCCAUCAAGGAAGUGGCAGCAGCAGGCGGUGCACGCACAGACGGUUGCAGCGCGACCGGCCUCAGCUGGACGACUUCAAGCAGCAGUGUACACGCCGCCUCUGAGGCAACCAUCACUCCGUACGUUGCACAGGCAACAGAGUUACAGUCGGCGCUUCGCACUGCCCAGGCGGCUCUCCACAAGGAGCUAGCGCUGCACCGAGCACAGCAGCAACAGUGUCCUCUCACGCUGCCGACGUCGACGUCCGGGAGUACAUCGGAGCGCUCCUCUGGCGGCGACGUGUCCGAUGACGCCGGUGCCAUGCACAAGGUGGCUCCGCUGCUGGCGCCAGCGACGAACGUGUGCGAUGCGCUGGAGGCGUCGUGCCGUCAGCGUAUGGUGAACACCGUUUGUGCCAAGACCCUCGGUGACCGAGGUGACUCAUCACCGCUGUCGCCCGUCCCCGAUACGCUCACGUGCGAUGUGUGUCCGUCCAUCAUGGCGCACGCGAUCCAGUGCAAUCUCGCUGCCAUUGACGACCUGGAAGACGUCCGCGCUCGUGCGAUCGCGGCAUGCCUCCGAAAGGAUUCCGUGGCGUUGCUUGCCGCGCUUCAGAACAUUGUAUGA